AUGUCCGCCGACACCGUCGACAAAAAGGAGGUCGAGGAGGGGUCAACGAAUACCGUACCUCAUGGCUCGACCCUAUUUGUCUCGAAUUUGCCAUAUAAUGCGACAUCAGUCGAUUUGCAGACCUUGUUCUCUGACAUCGCACCUGUCAGAUCCGCAUUUGUUGUCACAGAGCACGGAACUGGAGUGUCGAAGGGUGUCGGAUACGUUUCAUUCGCACUGAAGGAAGAUGCGCAGGCUGCUUUUGAAAACAUAACCAAGGAGGGCAUCAGUCUUGUAGGAAGAAAGUUGCGUGUACAGUGGGCAGACUCAAAGCCUAAAGAAAAGGGAGAGAAGGGGGAAAGAAAAGAAGUCGUCAAGAAGGAACCCAAGCCCCGACCUGCACACCAACAACCUAGGCUUCCCCAUGACCCCUUUGCAACACGUACUAUCGUAAUAUCUGGACUACCUCCUGGUCUGGAUUCCAAGGUGCUAUGGAAAAAAAUCAGGAAAUACGAAGGAGCAGAAAAGGUCGAUUGGCCAAUAAAAGAUGAAGAGGGAAACGAAGAUCCUACAACAGCCCAUGUCCUAUACACAUCUUCUAGCCAGGCCUACGAAGCCGUCAACAAAUUACACGCACAUGUCUACAAAGGCUGCCUUCUUUCCGUAACCCUUAAAAAACGGCUCGACACCCUUUCCAAACCUACUACCACGGUUGCCAAAGGCAGCGAGUCUCUGCCAACCUCUGGAAAAGGCAAAGCUGUAGCAGCGCCGAGCCAUGCGAGUCGUCUUAUCGUGCGCAAUAUUCCUUUCAACGCUACCGAGCAGGAUCUGCGAGCCAUUUUUCUACCAUACGGACCCAUUUAUUCAAUACAUAUACCUCUGGAUGAUAAGGGUAACAAGAAAGACAAGGAUCGCGAACCGGACGUGCCAGAAAGUAGCACGGCUGCGGCGUAUGCGGCUGCUAAGAAGCCCAGGACGAAAGGAUUCGCAUUUGUGUGGAUGUUGAGUAAAAAAGAUGCGGAGAGGGCGAUGGAGGGUUGUAACGGUAUGGUUAUGCGUGCAGGGACCGCGGAGGCUCUUGUAUCGGAGAAACAGAAAAAGAAAAAGCUUCUGCGGCUAGAAAAGAAGGCAGCAGCGAGGGCGGCCGGCAAGGAAGUGAAAGCUGAGAAUGAGGGCGAGAACGAAGAUGAAGACAUGGACAAACCUAAGGCGGAUGACAAACGUGCUACGGAACGUGUUAUUGCGGUGGAUUGGGCAUUGAGUAAAGAAAAGUGGAAGGAAGAGAAAGCUAAGAUGGAUGAGGAUAUUGAAAUGAGAAGUGCAUCAGGUUCGGGUUCAAGUGACAGCGGUAGUAGCGCCGAGAGCGACGAGGAGAGCGAUGGUGGUCUAGGAGUGCACGAUGGAAGCGAAAGUGAUAGUGAUGAUAGCGAGUCGGACGUAUCCCGCGACGAGAGUGAUGAGGAGGAACCCGUCAAACCUCAGCUACCGGCUCCAGAAGCUGGAACGACACUUUUCAUCCGCAAUAUUCCUUUCAACGCUACAGAAGAUGAACUGAGAACACUAUUCCGUUCAUUUGGCCCUCUUCGUUAUGCACGUAUCACCAUGGAUCACGAAACGGGUCGUUCAAGAGGUACUGGAUUCGCCUGCUUCUGGAACAUCGAAGAUGCAGACAGAGCAGUACAACAAAGUGAACUGUUGCGUUCAGAAACGACCGGUCAAGCUCCGAAGAAAAAUCCAUUCUCCUUACCUUCAAUUCUCACCCCCGAUCCUUCAUCCAGCUUAGCCCAGAGUUUGGUGCUUCAUGGACGAACUCUUGAUGUUGUCAGAGCAGUUACAAGAGACGUCGCUGGUAAAUUGAAGGAGACCAAUGAAAGAGCCCGCGAAAAAGCAGAUAAAAGAAACAUGUACCUCAUUCGCGAAGGAGUUAUUAUGCCCAACACACCUGCGUCUGAGAACCUGACUCCGGCCGAGAUUGAGCGACGCACAAGUUCUUUUAACGCUCGUCGUGCCCUUCUCAAGAGCAACCCCUCCUUGUUCAUUUCCAAGACCCGUCUCAGUGUCCGCCAAAUUCCCAUAUUUGUUACCGAGCGUAUGGUCAAGCGCCUCGUAACACACUCAAUCAAGGCAUUCAACGCCGAAGUCAAACAGGGGACACGCGCACCUCUCAGCGCCGACGAGCUCGCCGACCCGCUAACUGAAAAACCCGCAGAACCAAAAUUGCCCAUCAAACUCAAUGACGAAUCUGAGUCGGAGGAUGAGAACCAGGACAAGAAAAAGAAAAAGAAGAAAGGCAAAUUCACUGGCCGCGAUACGGGCGUAAAACAGAUUAAGAUUGUACGUCAGGCCGAACGCAUAGACCCAAUCACCGGCAAGGGCCGGAGCAAAGGGUACGGUUUCGUUGAGAUGCAUCGGCACUCCGACGCCCUACGUUUCCUUCGAUGGGCAAACAAUAACACGAACGUCAACGAUCUAUUCGAUGCGUGGUGGAAGGACGAGUUAGAGAACAUGCUCAAAGCGGAGAGGGCAAAGGAUGCAGACGCGAGGGAUGAUGCUCGGAUCAAGAGGUUGAAAGAAGAAAUUGAUAGGGCGGAGCAGCAUCCUGGGGGCAAGAAAGGCAAAGGAACACUUAUUGUGGAAUUCUCAAUUGAGAACAUUCAAGUAUUGCAGCGCAGGGCGGCAAUGCAGAGCACUCAGAAAAAUCCAGAUGCUGCGAUUAAAGGUCCAUCGACGGACAAAAAACGUAAAUCAGAGCCAGAGGAAAGGCAUACCCAAAAAUCUGAUGAGCGAUCUCCUAAAAAGCGUCGCACUGGAAAUGAAAAGACCAAACCUGAGCCAGAAAAGGAAACCAAGUCAAUACCCAGCAACCCAUUGGGUUCUAUAAUCGGUAGAAAACGCAAGGAACGUAAGGCAGGAGGAAAGAAAGGGGGAAAUGAAUCUAAACAACAAGACACAGAAACCUUUCAGUGA